CCGUAAUUUCCCUCCUUUCACGCCAGAACCCUAACCCCUUCUUCCCUCCAAGCUCUCAGCAUCUUCCGGGAUCUCGUCGUGGUUCCAGGCGAUGGCGUCGGGAAAGAGAGAGAACGAUGGCCGGAACUGUGGCCUCGCCGAUCAGAAAGAGGAGGUUGAUGCUGUUGGUCUUCAGUUUGAGAAUCAGAAGCUUGUUCAACAACUAGAGGCCCAGAAGACUGAAAUGCACACACUUGAAGGGAAAUUCAAGGAGUUGAAGGAUGACCAGAUUUCAUAUGACAAGACUUUAAUUGCUUUGAACAGGAUCUGGAAUCAGUUGGUUGAUGAUCUGGUCCUGCUAGGAGUGCGAGCUGGUGGUCAUCCAAAUGGUUUACAAAUAUUGGAUCAUGAAGAUUUAUCACCAGAUACAAUUGAAUCAUGCCCUCCAGAGCAGAUGUUUCUCUGUCAGCUUUUGCAAGCAGGUCCUAUUGAAGAUGAUGCCAGUAAAGGAAUUAUUAAAAAUGUACAAGCAGCUCUUGAUAUACGGCUUUCUUCAACAAUAAAUUUGAUGAAGAACCUACAAGAAACAAUUGUGGCUCAGCGAGCUAGAACUGAGAGCAUAGUGUUGGCUUUACGUGGAAAGCUAUCCUCAGAAGAUGCUAUUCUCCAACUCCAGAAACUCGAUGAGUCCUUAAUGGAGGAGGCAGGCAAUCUGCGGCAAGCUAUUGAAAUUAUUCAUGAGAAGCAUAAACAGUUCUCAGAUGAAAUAAAUACCUAUCUAGAGAGCCAUCCCAGGGACCAGUCUGAGAUUAAGCGCCUCUCAGGUGAGUUGGAGGAGAGCAUGGCAGAGCUUGAAGAAAGCAGGAGGAAGCUGGUUGCUCUUCAAAUGCAAAAGCACGGAACAUCCGCUUUCAGUGCAGCCACAGUAGUAAAUGCUGUAAAUGGGGGAACUUUACCUGAUAAACUAGCAGAUAAAUCCAUGGGACUUCGGGAUCUUAAGAACUCAAUUGAGGAGGCAAAGACACUAGCAGCAAGCCAACUUUUUGAACUCGAGGAGGCACAAGAGGAUAAUUUAUUAUUAUCAAAGCAAUUAGAAGAUCUUCAAAGUGAACUAAAGGAUGAUAAGUACAUACUCUCAUCAAGACCAUACGUUCUCUUGAGUGAUCAAGUGAAGCAUUUGAACUUUGAAGUUGAAAGGUACAACGGGAUGAUUGAAUCCUUGCAGGCUGACAGGAAUCAAUUAGUGAGAAGAGAGAUGGAACUGACUGCAAAAGCAGACUCAGCUGAUACAGUAAAAAAUUCUAUUAGCAAUCAUGAAGCCAAGAUUAAGGAGCUAGAGCUUCAGAUUCAAAAAUGUGUUGCUGAAAAAAAUGAUCUUGAGAUUAAAUUUGAAGAAGCUCAACAAGAUUUAGGGAGAAAAGAUAUUAAGGAUGAGAUGCGUGUUAUGGCAUUGGCAUUGUCUAAAGAAAUGGAAAUGUUGGAGACCCAGUUGAAUCGAUCAAAAGAGGCAGCUUGUGAAUCAGCCUCUCUACAUGAGGAAGCCAAUUCCUUGAGAGCCUUGUUAGAGAAAAAGAUUAGCAAACAGAAAAGCUUAUCUGAUAGAUGUGCUGAACAAGUGGUUGAAAUCAAGUCCCUUAAAUCCCUGAUUGAGAAAUUGGAAAAAGAAAAGCAGGAGUUGCAAAUAUUUUUGGAUAUGUAUGGACAAGAAUGCUUUGAUAAUAGAACCAUCACGGAAAUUAAGGAAUCAGAACAAAGGGCUCGUUCUCAAGCGGAAUACUUGAGGACUGCUUUAGAUGAUCACAGUCUUGAGUUGCGGGUGAAAGCUGCAAAUGAGGCGGAGGCUGCUUGCCAGCAAAGGCGUUCUGUAGCUGAAGCUGAAAUAGCUGAAUUAAGGGCUAAAUUGGAUGCUUCUGAGAGAGAGGUGUUUGCACUUAAGGAGGCCAUAAAAAUUAAGGACUCUGAAGGAGAAGCUUAUAUUUCUGAAAUUGAGACCAUUGGUCAAGCAUAUGAAGAUAUGCAGACACAGAACCAACAUUUGCUCCAACAGGUUGCUGAUAGAGAUGGUUACAAUAUAAAGCUAGUUUCAGAUAGUGUGAAGAUGAAGCAGACUCAUAGUUCUCUCAUCUCUGAAAAGCAAGCUCUGGCUAAGCAACUACAGCAGGUUCAUGGAUCCAUGGAACUUUUAAAAAUGAAAGUUGCUCGGAGUGAGGAACAGAUGAAAGCACAUCUUGCUCAAGGUGCUAAAGCUGCCUCAGAUAAUAGGCACAUUGCAAUCAUCAUGGAUAAGGUAAAACUUGACUUGGAGGAUUCUGAGAAAGAGCUGAAAUGGCUUCGCUCAACGGUAGAUUCUUUUGAGAAGGAAUAUGAGCAGAAUGAGAAGAAAAUUCUUGACAUCAGGAUGGAAUUAGAGAGGGAAAGAAAUGAGAGGGAAAAACUUGAGGGAGAGCUCACCGAGGUGAAAAAUGAAGUUGCAGAGCUGAGCUCAGAGAGUGAAGAGGCUGCAAUUCAGAGACUUCAAGAUGAGAUCAAGGAGUGCAAGGCAAUACUCAAAUGUGGUGUAUGUUUUGACAGACCAAAGGAAGUUGUGAUCACCAAAUGCUUCCACCUCUUCUGUUCUCCCUGUAUCCAGAGGAAUUUGGAGAUCCGACACCGGAAAUGUCCCGGGUGCGGCAGCCCUUUCGGCCAGAAUGAUGUCCGGGAAGUAAACAUAUAAUGCCCCAAUCAAACACCAUUUUGCACACAGCAUGCUUGUAUUUCAAUUACUGCUUCCUUGGCUACGCUUUUUCCAUGUUUUAUUUGUGAAUCAAUGUAGAAAAAACACUUAAUUUUUAA